CCAAACUAGCAAUUCGAUGUGGCUUUAUUUAGCUAAUCUUGGAAUGAAAUCAAUAGUUUUUAAAUAUAAAAGUAGCCAGUCUAUUAAAAUUAGCUUGAUGAGAAAUAUGUGUUUACAACUAGCUAGCUAACUACGUCAGUGCAGGGCUAAAUUACAGAGCCGGGACCUAACUAGUUAUGUUAGAAGAUCACAGGAUGGAUACUAGUGGGAAACCCUCCACAGCCCAAUUUCUGCUAUUAGCCACCAGCUCAGCACUUACUGCAGUCUUCUACUCUGUGUACUGGAGGAGGACAACAACAGUAGCAAGAUUAAAGGGAGCCAAGAAAGUGUCUAUUGAUCAGGAUAUGAAGAACAUCCUGACAGAAGCACCAGGAAAAUGUGUCCCGUACGCUGUUAUUGAAGGUGUUGUGAGAUCUGUGAAAGAAACCUUGAACAGCCAGUUUGUGGACAACUGCAAAGGGGUCAUCGAGAGGUUAACUCUAAAGGAGAAGAAGAUGGUGUGGAAUCGCACCACUCAUCUCUGGAACGAGAGUGAAAAGGUCAUCCACCAGCGUACCAACACGGUGCCCUUUGACCUGGUGUCCCACGACGAGGCUGUGGCAGCCACCAUUCGGGUCAUCCGUCCCCUGGACUCCUCGGAGCUGGACCUGGAGACCACCUAUGAGAACUUUCACCCCACUGCCCAGUCCCUGACCAACGUCAUCGGCCACUUCAUCAGCGGGGAGCGCCCUAAAGGUAUCCACGAGAUGGAGGAGAUGUUACGUCUGGGGGAGAGUGUGACCGGGGUCGGGGAGCUGGUGCUGGACAACAACCUGGUGAAGCUCCAGCCUCCCAAGCAGGGCCUGAGGUACUUCCUCAGCCGACUGGACUAUGACUCCCUGGUGGAGAAGCAGCAGAGCACAGUCAGGUUCUGGAGGAUCCUGACUAUGAUGUUUGGUGUAGUUGCUUCCACAACGCUCUUCUUCAUCCUGUGGAAGCAGUGGGCUUACCAUACACAGAGGAGGAAGAAGAAGAAUGUUCUGGAGGAAUUCAAGGAGCAGCAGAGGAAGCGGUUAAGGGAGCUGAAUGUGGAGGAGGCCAGUGUUUCCCCUAGUGCCUGUACAGUGUGUUUGAGCCAGGAGCGUUCCUGUGUGUUCCUGGAGUGUGGGCAUGUCUGUGCUUGUGACCGGUGCUACCAGGCACUGCCAAAGCCAAAGAAGUGCCCUAUCUGCAGGGCGACGAUAGAGAGGGUAGUGCCUCUUUAUAACAGCUAAUGGACAAUGCCAUUUGGAUGGCCAUUGUAAAUGGACUGAUCUAAUGUCACUGAAAAAAGGAUUGUCGGCUUAUUUUUCUGUUUUCUUUGCUUUGCUUUUAAUUGAAAGAUCAAGCUGACUUGUAGCUUGAUUUGAGUUAUGUCAGUUGAAAUGAAAACAUGUCAUAUCCAGGAUCCUUCUUAGUUGUAGAAUCAACUCAGAACUUGAAUGUUUUCACCUCAAUGUUUCUCCAAAGCACACAUCAAAGCGAUUUUGAAUAAAUAAAGACAAACAAAAUAAAUAUAUCCUCAACCUAUUUUACAAAUCUGUUGGCCCUAUACUAUCCACACACAUUUAUGUAAAUGUUUAUGGCUGCCAGGAGAGGGUGAUGUCUGCCUUGCAUACCUUUUCAACAGGGAAGAAAGAGUACAUCGUAUUUUAUGAUUUAGAUAAACCAUUGCAUUUGCUCUAAGCAGAAAAGGCACAGAAAUCAUGUACAAAAUAAAGGUAUUUGCAAAUUAAAAACAUUCGAUAAAGUAUCAAGUUUUUUAAGUGACAAUCAGUAAGUUAUCAUAAAAGAAGGAGCAAUUCACAAUGGUGUUAAUAACUUAUUCAUGAAGUGUUGACUGUUACGGGAUGUCCAUUGAACCGAGAAAGUAAAGAAUAAAUACAAUAUCACGAGCGUGUCGUGACGAGACAAGUGAAUGCACCAGGAAAAAGCUACCUCAGUCGGUGACGGAUCUUCUGCCAAUUCUGCUAGGGAUUGUUUUGCAUCGCUCUCCUACACUAUUUGCAUUUCUCUCCAUCAGUCUUUUAUUCUGUAAAUGACUAUUCCAUCGAUAAAAUACUCAUUUAUUCGUAAAGAGGACGGAACAUUUUGGAUAAAAUGUGUUUUAUGCAAGCGAUAUCAUAGGCUACAGUAUAAUGUUCAGUUGAUUAUCAAGUCAUCUUUUUCACUGACGUCUUUCAGUAUCGAUUAUUGACUAAGCUUUUAUUGUGAAGACAUGUCGGAAAGUAUUGCCUUACAAUGAGAAAAACUCAUUAUGGUGCUGAUGGCGACAGGUCUCCAUCACCGGUCUCCUUGCAGGAUGCCAACAACUUCUAUU